CCCCGAAAAUUUAUUUUUUUUUUUUUAUAUUUUUUUCUGAUUAAUCAUGGCGGAGUCUUGAAAUUGCUUGAAAUUUAGCGACAUCAAUUUACAAACGUCAAUAUUAGGAAAUAGAAAUUUAUGUGUGUGUGUGCGUGUGUUUAAAUUUUUAAAUUUUUUUUAACAAUUGUUGUCAUGGCAUCAUUAUCAAGAUUUCAAAAAUAUGCUGCACUUGGAAUUGGAACAAUUGGUGGAGCAUUUUUAUUUUAUAAAAAUGUUUAUAGACAUGAAGAAGGACAAGGACAAGUACUUACUGCCUGGACAACAAAUUUUACACCAUCAGUUACCUGGGACAGUAAUUGGGACAGAAGAGAUCCAUCAUCUAUGGUUAAACCAAUGAAGAUAAAAAAUGAAGAAGAUGAAAAUAAAUAUAAUGAAAAAAUUGAAUCACGUAAAUCAAAAGCAACACGUCAUUUAAUAUUGGUUCGUCAUGGACAAUAUAAUUUACAAGGAACAACUGAUUCUGAAAGAGUACUGACUGAGCUUGGUAGACAACAAGCAGACAUGACUGGUAAACGUUUAGCUGAGCUUGCAAUACCAUUUACAACAAUUGUACGAUCAACAAUGGCAAGAGCACAAGAAACAUCAAAAAUCAUUGAAAAAUCACUUGGUAAUAUUCCAGUUGAAGAUGACAGUCUUAUUAUUGAAGGUGCACCAAUACCACCAGAACCACCAAUUGGCAAUUGGAGAGCUGAAAAAUAUUAUUAUCAAGAUGGAGCCAGAAUUGAAGCUGCAUUUAGAAAAUAUUUUUAUCGUGCUGAUCCAUCACAAGAAAAAGAUUCUUAUGAACUUCUUGUUUGUCAUGGAAAUGUCAUUCGUUAUUUUGUCUGCAGGGCACUACAAUUUCCACCAGAAGGCUGGUUACGUUUAUCAAUUAAUAAUGGAAGUAUAACUUGGAUAACAAUACGUCCAAGUGGUAGAGUAUCACUUAGAGUUUAUGGUGAAUCUGGUCAUAUGCGACCUGAAGCAAUAACCUCAACAUAA